AAGCGUAUGCAGAAAUUUUACGAGCUGUGCAGAGAAAUUCCUCUUAUCUCACAGAGAGAGGGCGAUAAAAGCUCCGCUGCCAGAUCUCAACACGAACUCUCCUCUUUCACUAUGUUCUCUGGAUUUUUUGUCUUUAUUUUUGGUAUUUGGAUCUCCAAUUUCUUUCCAAGCCAGCAAUUUUAACACUAAAUUUUUCGCUGCAAAUCCCAGAUAUUAAUUCUGUUUAUGCCCAUCUGCUGAUUUUGCCAGAUCGAAAUCUAUCCCAAAACAGACCCAUUUAUUAUUUGUAUUGGGAGAGUCAUAGAUAAAAUAGAAAAGGUUUUUGGAUUUUUAUUAUAGUAUGUGACGGUAAUGGGUUCCGGCGAAGGAGCAACAUCUUCUUCUCAAAAUAUGCAAAUAUCAAUCGCAGAUCUUCACGAGAGGCAUCAACUGGAGCUAGAAAAUCUGACACUGACAACACAACCCUUCAAAACAAUCAAGUUUUUCAUUCUGGCUAUAGUUGAGUAUUUUAAGCGAUCAGUGAUAUAUCUUUUGGCAAAAGGUGGUUGGCUAAUGCUUAUAAGCACUGUGGUGGUAACACUGGGAAUUCUCCUUGUUACCAUUGAUGGUCCUCAUGAAAAGCACAUUGAGGAACUUUCUCUUUAUCUGCGGUUUGGAUUGUGGUGGAUUAUCCUUGGUGUUGCAUCCUCAAUUGGUCUUGGGUCUGGUUUGCACACAUUUGUCCUUUAUCUGGGUCCUCAUAUUGCCCUGUUUACAAUAAAAGCAAUGCAGUGUGGCCGAGUUGAUCUAAAAAGCGCUAUGUAUGAUACAAUACAGCUGAAAAGAGGUCCUUCAUGGCUCGACAAAGCUUGCCAGGAAUUUGGAGACCCAGUGUUUCCAACAUCUCAGGGGUUGAGGGUUCCGCUUAGUAGCAUACUGCCACAGGUGCAGGUAGAAGCUGUUUUAUGGGGAUUGGGGACAGCACUUGGAGAGCUUCCUCCUUAUUUUAUCUCAAGAGCAGCUAGUAUGUCAGGUAGUAAAUUGGAUGCAAUGGAAGAAUUGAAUGCUUCCUCGUCAGAAGAUAAUGGGAUCAUAGCUACUCACCUCAAUACAAUCAAACGCUGGUUUCUGUCACAUUCCCAACAUUUGAACUUCUUCACAAUUUUAGUACUUGCUUCGGUGCCAAAUCCCCUAUUCGACCUGGCUGGCAUUAUGUGUGGACAGUUUGGGAUUUCAUUUUGGAAGUUUUUUCUUGCAACAUUGAUUGGAAAGGCAAUUGUGAAAACUCAUAUACAGACAGUUUUUAUCAUCUCUGUCUGUAAUAAUCAACUCCUUGACUGGAUAGAAAAUGAGUUGAUCUGGGUACUCAGCUUUAUACCUGGUUUGGAUUCUGUCCUGCCCAGCCUCAUAUCCAAACUGCAUGCAGUUAAAGAAAAAUAUAUGUCACCUGCACCACCACUGCCGUCAAAUAACAAGGUGAAAAAAUGGGAUUUCUCAUUUGCUGCAUUAUGGAACACCAUUGUCUGGCUCAUGCUGUUGAACUUCUUCUUCAAGAUUGUUACCGCAACUGCACAGAGGUAUUUGAAAAAACAGCAGGAGAAGGAAGUAGCUGAAUUGACAAAUAAUUUCUCGUCUUCAACACACUCAGAUUAGGAUCUGACCUGAAGCAUCUUGAUAAACUGGCAACAUCCUAAGUUGCUCCUUUUUCUUUUUCUUUUUUUUUUUUUCCCCCACCAUAUUAUAAUUACAGAAUUGAAAAAGUGACAGCUCUUUCGCAAGUCACCCCAAAAAAUCUAUUUACAUCAGGAAGAAAUCCUGUUGGUAACAUGUAUAGAAAUAGGCCCGUGUCACAAACACUGGAUAAAGCCAUUGUUUUGGGUAUUUUUGUGACCCAUUGUUAAGCAAAAUAGUGGAAAUUGGGAAAGGACACAUAAAAGAAUUCUUUGGAAUGCAAGACUAAGUCAUUUGUUGGUGGACUUGAGUA